AGUUGCCGCGAGAUCCGGGGGAGGCUCCAGUAUGGAGGCGCUGGAGGAGCUCGACGUCGAUGUUGAGGGCGACGCGGCGGCUGCGGAUGGCGAAGCGCAUCCCGGAAACUAUGAAAAUCCAUCAUCCAGCUUACUCCAAGAUCACUACCUUGAUUCAACUUGGAGAACUGAUAUGGGUCUUCCAUGGAGUCUUGAUAGCACAAUUAGUGAAGAAAAUAAGGCUGCCAUUGAGAAGAUGUUGUUGGAAGAAGAAUACUAUCUGUCUAGCAAGUCACUUCCAGAAAAAAUUUGGCAUGAGCUGAAGGAAAGUGAUAAAAAGUGCACAAAAAGUCCACACAAGAAAGAAGCAAAAAUCACGUUACGUUCACCUACAAAAUCAACUAGUGGAUCGCUGAAGUGGACUGUAGAAGAAAAAGAGCUAUUUGAACAAGGACUGGCUAAAUUUGGCAGAAGAUGGACAAAAAUUGCCAUGAUGAUUGGAAGUCGCAAUGUUCUUCAAGUAAAGAGCUAUGCCAGACAGUACUUUAAGAACAAGGCAAAAACUGAUGGCUUGGAAAAACUGGAACAGCAACAGUGUGUCAACAUUCCUAUUCCAACUAGCAAUGAAGAUAAUGAAGGGAAGAGGGCCUCCUGGGCAUCUACUCACUUAAGAGGUCGGGCUGACCCUAAUCUAAAUGCAGUAAAAAUUGAAAAAUUGUCAGAUGAUGAGGAAGUAAAUAUUACAGAUGAAAUGGAUGAACUACUGUCUUGUGCUUCUCAGCAAGAGCCUAGAAAGUCUGAAGUACUGGAUAUACCAAAGAGUCCAUCUGGGCACAGCACCUGGACAGAACCCCUUUUGGAGUCUGCUGGAUCUGCAGCUCUUCUAACAGCAAGAUACAUUCCACAGCCAGAGCAAAACCCAGUUGGGAAGCCAGGACCUGCAGUGUCAUGCUCUGAGGACAGUGGCCAUGGACCUAAUCAAUUAGAAAAUCAGAAGUAUGACAGAACAGGAGGUUCUCAUGGUACUGAUUUGUUUUCUAGUCCAGAGCUUUGUGGAGAACAGAGAGAUUUAAGAGAUAAUAGCAUUCUUUUCCAUCCUUCUGACCAGUUGGAAGAAGAGAAUCAGAUGGAUGCAGAAGAGCUUAAGCCACCUGAUCAAGAAAUAGAAAUAGAUAGAAAUACUAUAUUAGAAGAAGAAAAGCAAGCAAUACCAGAGUUUUUUGUGGGGCGUCAGGCAAAAACACCUGAACGCUAUCUGAAAAUUAGAAACUACAUUUUGGAUCAAUGGGAAAAAAUCAAACCCAAAUAUCUGAACAAGACUUCAGUGCGCCCAGGGCUGAAGAACUGUGGUGAUGUCAACUGUAUAGGGCGGAUUCACACUUACUUGGAGUUAAUAGGCGCAAUUAACUUUGGCUGUGAGCAGGCUGUGUAUAAUAGAUCACAGAGCACGGACAAAAUGCGGCCCAGAGAAGGCAAGGACACUAUAGAUGCAUAUCAGCUUGUGCAACGGCUGCAGUCUAUGCGUACAAGGAGACGGCGAGUCAGAGACCCAUGGGGAAACUGGUGUGAUGCCAGAGAUUUGGAAGGACAGACUUUUGAGCACCUCUCUGCUGAGGAGCUAGCAAAGAGGAGAGAAGAAGAGAAGCACAAACCUCCAAAAGCAUCUAAAGCACAAAGGCACUCCAAAAGUACAUUUGAUCCCUUUCAGCUGAUUCCUUGCUGUUCCUUCACAGAAGAAAAGCCAGAGCCAUUCCAAGUAACAGUAGCUGCAGAGGCACUUUUGAUCAUGGAUUUGCAUGCACAUGUUUCAAUGGCAGAAGUAAUUGGUCUGCUAGGAGGAAAAUACUCUGAAACGGAUGGUAUAGUUGAAGGCAGGGGCCCAUUUGGGAGUGCCUGUAGGGAGAGGUGCGGAAGGCCACAUUCUUGUCAUGACCUGUGGAGACCCCUUCCGGUGCAGGUCCGUGCUGCAGUGGACCGAAUUGAACUCAAGAGUGUCUUACAGCAUCUGUGCAUGAGUAUCCAUGUCUGUGCAGCAGAACCAUGCAAUAGCCUCAGCACAGGCUUACAAUGUGAAAUGGACCCAGUAUCUCAAACACAGGCAUCAGAAACGCUUGCUGCUAGAGGUUACAGUAUUAUUGGGUGGUACCAUUCUCACCCUGCCUUUGAUCCUAAUCCAUCAAUACGAGAUAUUGACACCCAGGCAAAAUACCAGAGUUAUUUCUCCAGAGGUGGGUCGAUGUUUGUUGGCAUGAUCAUAAGUCCUUAUAAUCGAAAUAAUGCUCUUCCAUAUUCCCAGAUUACUUGUCUGGUAAUCAGUGAUGAGACUAGUUCUAAUGGAUCCUACCGUCUGCCAUACAAAUUUGAAGUGCAGCAGAUGUUAGAAGAACCUCAGUGGGAAUUAGUACUGGAAAAAGCACGAUGGAUUAUUGCAAAAUACAGGAUGUCUCAUAGCUGUGUGCCCAUGGGUAAAAUCUUCCACAGAGAUUCAGAUCUUACGUGCCUGCAGAAGCUAAUGGAGUGUAUGAGGAAGACUCUGGAAAAUGUGGCAAAUAGCUUCAUUGCUGAAGAAUUCCUGGCCCAGCUAGAAAACAUAUUCCUUUCAGCCUACAAUAAUGUGGAAUGGAGUGAUUCCAUGGAAGAAAACAGCAUGUGUUCAAGUGAUCUGCCAACAUGACUGUAUUGAGAAGAGUAAUUGCUCACACUUUAUAAUAAAGUUUCUGUACAUGACAGUGACAGCAUCCAGUGUAGCUCAGUAAAAUGACUCCUGCUGAAAUGCAGUGUGAAGCAAUCACGACAGACUAUCCAAACUCAAACAUAACAUCUAAUGUUCUAAAAUUAUGGUUGUGUUGCAGAAAGAUGAAAGAACUGCUUGGCAGCUACCGCUUGGAUAAUACAGUUGUACCAUGUUGGUUGCUAAAAAUUACUGAAGUGAUAAUGUUCUUCUUGGACCAAGAGCUGUUAGAAAGUUGUUGUUCAAAUCAUUAUAUUGCUUAUGUUCUAUGUGCCAUUUAGGAAACACCACUGUAUAAUAUGUUGCAGUGUCUGACCUAAGCUAUCUGGAUAUUGGCAAACACAUUUGCCCAACUGAUGAAUUGAAAUGUCUUGUGUAUUACUGAGAAGCAAGAAGGAAGAGGGAAUCAUUUUAAAGAUAACAGUAUCAGCAAUCCUCUCGGAAAGCCUCAGCUUUGAGCAUCUCAUUUGUUGAUGUGUGUUCAGCCUAUUCAAGAGCUCUGCUGCUCACUACGAAAGAACUGAAUGGUGAAGCAAGAUUGCAUGAAUACAUCCUCUAAAGUAGGUCGUCUUGGCCAGUUGUUGAGAACUGAGGAGGAAGGCAGAGACUUCCCAGAUAUUAUAGAGCAGUGGUCCUGUGCAUUGCCCACAAAUGCUCAGUCUCUAAGUUACCUUCAUCAGUUUAGCUCAAGAAUCGCCUGUGCAGUCUGAGAGUCAAGGCCAUGAGGUGUGUGGGCCAAGUGCCAAAGUGCAAAGUCAGGUGGGAAUAUGCAAAGAAUGUCUGGGAAACAAGCCAGUAAAUCUAGAUGCCAAUUAGUCUUCAGGAAGGCAAGGGACAUCGUUUGUAGGGUCCAUUGUCUGCCACAGGAGCUGGCUCAGGCUGAUCUAGUCAGCGUGUUUUUUUUGUGGAGCACACCCCCUGGCGAAACCGUGCACUCCGCCCUCUCCAAAUGGUGAAUUCCCUCUGGCUCCUCCUCCUGAGUAACCCCAGGGACUGCCCCAGAGAAGCUUGGCUGCUCUUCCAGUGGAGGGCAGUCAUCCACAGCCUCCGUCCCUGUGUCUGGCUGUGGCUCUGGCCCACUGCACCAGCUCUCCUCGUCUGAGCAAUCCUUCUCCAGCAUGUUGCCCCGUGGAUGUGCUGGUCUAUCAUUCUUGCUGUCUUCACGUCAUCUGCAUGUCUAGAUGGUACCAGGCUGGGAAAGUUUGUUACAGAGGCUACGGGUGUACUCCUGUGCAUGUCUAGACAGAGAAAUAGCUGUCGGGGAUGUGCUGGGAAUUUAGGACUGUUUCUCUGGCAAGACUUGCAUGAGAUUCUACUUAGGCAUAUUAUGGAGACUAAGCUUUGUCUGUGGAAGUGUGUGUAUUGUGGAGGUGUGAAGGCUGGUGAUGGGAGGGGGAAUUUAAAAAAAUCAAAUUCUAAUUCUUUAUAUUAUUUCAUGAACUUUUAGAAAAUUUGGGGUGGGGGAAUAGAACAAUGUCAUUUUUAAAAAGCAUCCCCUCCUUCACAUUUCCCACCACCAUUACUCCAUCCUGUGAGGGUUUAUUGCAUGAAUUUGAAAGCUAAGAAAAGAUAUGAAAAAACUGGGGGAGGGAAUUUGUUCCUUUUUGAAAAAUUGAUCAGUUUUGGAUUGUGGACUGUUUCCUUUUGAAUGAUGAAUAAAAUGUUUAAGAUAAAGUAUUCAUAUGUUUCUAUUUGGCCUUUACUUCCCAGAAAUGGUUUACUGAAAGUGACUUCUUAGAAAGAAUUUUUAUGCAAGUCUAGAGAUGUACAAUUUCUGCAAAUCCUGAAACCAUGAAGUUUUUUUAAUCUUUUCUGUAAAUUUCCCUGUAUAGUUGUUUCUUCCAUUCUUCCACUGUGUGACUAGAGUUAGCAUUGUGUAAUUUUUUCAAUUCCCCACCCCCCCAAUUUCUGUCUCUCCUUACCCCUCAAUCAUGGUUUCAAAAUUUCUGUAUUUAUAAAAAAUGUUUCCAGACUUCAACAUCUCUUGUACAGCAUAUUCAACUCUAGCCAUUUUAGCACCAGACUAGGGUAGGUCGGGUGUCAUUUUGCUGCUAUGCAAACUGUGCAGCUAAUGCUUCCCAAUGUAUUCAUAAGGAUAUGCAUAACAAGAAUUUUCUCUGUCAAAAUCAACAUUUAAUUCAUAUAUUUGCAUGUAAAGGCCAUUAAUCAUAAGUGGUGUGUGUACAGUUGUAUUAACUUUGAAAUACAGUCUAUACAUUAGUCACUAGACCAUUAUAUCACAUCGGAUUGCAUGAGAUACAACCUCGCAUUUGUCCUAUGUUGUUGAAUAAUAUCACUGCUUUGGGAGAGAAAAAAUCCAAAACCAUGGUUCCUGUUUUGGAGAUUUGACAUAACUAUAUUGCGGCUUCAAAUUUUUAUUGAAUCAUGUUUCCAUUUAUAUUAUAAAUGUGCGUAAAAUGUUGUAAAUAUUGUGUAUUUGUACAGAUAAGAAUUACAGGAUUAUUUGAUGCUAAUGUUAAAAGUACAAUACAGAUAUAUUUGCUCAUGAUACAUUUUUAUCAGUAAAUGAAAGGGUUUGAUCUCUGAAAUAAUACAAAAUACUCCUCAUUCUGACAUAGAGCAUUCAAUAAACUGUAUGAAGAUGUUUGAAAAGUU